CAUGGCUUUAUGCACACACAUAGCUCCCCGAAUAAAACCAAGCUUCUACGAACCACGAAUGUAUUCGUACGAAAUUACAAAACAAACAGUCAAUAUCAAUCCACAUCCAAAGUUCACUGGAGCCCGAUUCGUUCCAUUUGAUGGACAGUCAGUUAGUCGUAUUGUUAAUAUAGAGCAUUAAGUUUUUUGGUGAGAGCAUUUAUCAACGAGUUGAACAAACACAAUAAUGUGUGUCUAUCGAGUCAUGAUGACGCGUUGCAUACGUACAUGAACUGAUACAAAGCAGUACAAAUAUUAUUGUCCCUACUUCUUAUUCCAUUUACAGAUUCAUUCAGUAUUCAAAGUUCUGUAUUAUCUAGAGUUUCGUUGCAACUUAAUGUCAGAGAAGUGAUAAUGACAGAAUCUUACAUACCAUUAAAGUCGAAAGUGUGUUCAAGUUAAAGUCCAGCAUUCCAAUGGUGAAAUAUUUAUUACUAUCUCUGUCAAACACUACGAUAGCUCUGGUUUGUUGCCUGUCUUUCGCAGACCAGCCUUAUCUGUAGUAUUUAAUUUUACAACAGUUCAACUCAAGUGCUAUCAAAUGGGCGCUACAAACCUCGUGUGAUAAGUACGUCAAGUGUUGCAAUUUGUGCAAUUAGAUUAAUGAUCUGUACAUAUACGUGAUGCAUGAAUUGAACUAAUUUUGUCAAUGGUAUCGAGGAACCGUCAAAUUAUCAUCGCACCUCUGAAUAAUUACGGUGUAUUACUGUAUCAACAUUCUACUUGAUCAAGUGUUUUAAAGUUGUAGAAGUGAGCUUGUGGGUUAAUCAAAAAUUUAAUGCUCUUCUUGCAUGUGAUCGUCUCCAUGUGUGAAUCAAUCAGGGGAACGUAAAACAGAAAUCAAUCAAUCAAUCAGUAUAUAUCUGUGAUUAUCUCUUAGCUUGUGGACAGAAAAUCCUGUUCUGAACACAGUACAAGCGUGAAUCACUGACCAAUUAAUCUUGCUCAACAACUCAACAUCUACCGGUUAAGGAAUUAUUUUUAGGAACUCGAUUGCUCAAGGAGAAAAUCUCAGUAAUUCUGACAUCCGCGUCUGCCAAACACUGUCCAUAAAAUAAAUCCUUCCCACCCUCAAAGUGUAGUGCUUAUAUAUAUAACUUAACAAACCAUUUUGGGGGGAGUCUAGCUGGAAGGAUAAAUUCCUAGUUUGGAACUCGGUCUAUGUAACCACAACCGCAGAAGAAUAGACAGUUGGAUAUUAUGUCUACGAUUUGUACUCCUAUUUGACCUCGUCCUCUUUUUCAUCAAGCCGGAGAAAGGAGUAGUAGGACUGCCAUUUUCUUGUAAGAUAACCAGAGGCAGAGACAAGAAAGGAAUUUUACGCCGUGUUUCCGUGCUCGUCGUAUCGAUCUUAUGAUAGGAGUGGAUUCCCAUCCCUUGAACCAACCAUCCUCCAAGGCUGUCCACCAUUGUGAAAGGAAGAUAUGAACCACCACUCCUCCAUCCCGGUGGAAAAUACAGUCUUUCAUGCAGAUGUAGAUAGAUUGUAGAAGCAACGUUGUGUCUACCAGAACUUAAUACGAGAGCUGCGUUGGGUUGGGAGAAAGUGUAGAAAACUGCCAUACACACACACAGACAGACAGAAGAGGUCCCAGAAUACUCAACUUUUGGGAACUUGUGCCAAAUUUCUCUCUCCCGAGUACCAAAAUACAUCAGACUUUGAAUGCAAGAGAGAGAGAAAUAUGUAGAGAAAGCCAACGCACAUUUAACUGCCAGCCACUACCAACUAUUACAUUUUGCCCGUUCCACUUUCCCCGUCCGACUACAAAAAGCAACCUUCACCACCACCACCAGUCGUCGUCGUCCAUUGCUUUCUCCUCCAGUUCAACGUGUUCAACAACUGAUUCUGCUGGAGUGGAGUGAAACUAAACUCUCACCAGCCCAGACUUUCUCGAGAAACACGCCAAGCGGAGCAGGAGACAACAUUCUGAACAAACUUCACUCGCAUUCCAUGUUCAUGUCAUUAUAUUAAAAGUUGGAAAACGAGACCGAGAUCCGCUGCUUCUUGAUUUCUCGAGGAGGAGCUUCCCAUACACACACACACGAUACAUUGCCCACUAUUUUACAACUUGGCUUUGUACAAAUUGCUUAUUUUCCUUUUUACGAUCGAGGAUCACCCUUGACAGAUACUGUGCUCAAACGGAGUCCGACUUAGCGGAAUGCCUGCCUUAGGUCUUUAAAUCUACAUUCAUGAAUUCCAAAGCGUCUUUCGUCGAUAGAAUUUAUUAGACGUAAAGGAUGUGAUUGACUCGACUUGCAACUACAAAGAGUAUUUCUUGCUAUAUAUGUACACGACUGAAAAAAGCAAGCUGAACCAAUUGCCGUUGAUAGAAACCUUUCAACAAUAUUAAAACGUGGAAACUUCUUAUUGUUAACUCUGAAAAGCCUUUUUUCAAGCUAAUAUUUCUACUUCUUCGUCGUCUUCUGAAAAAUUCAUUUUAAAAUCAGGCUUAUCAUAAUAAUACUAUUACAACUGUUGCUUGAAACAAAGUGAAGCUGACGCCAAGAUGGAAGAAAUUAAUGCCGUCACUCCGCAACAGAUUGCAACACUCAGGAAAAAUUUCGAUGACAAAGUUGCCUCUCAGUCGCCAGGUUUUCAUCCUAAUGACCUGGAGCGCGUGAAAUCGGAUGAAAUGUGGAUGCGAAGGUUCAUAGCACAUGCCGAAUCCAAUAUGGACACAGCCAGCACACUUCUGUACGAAUGCUGUCAAUGGAGAAAAGACUUUGGAACAAACGAGUUGGACGACACCAAGAUUCCAAGGGACCUGUUGGAGAAGGGAGUCUUAUUUAUCAGGGGGAAGGACAAGUGGGGGAAAAAACUCCUUGUUUUUAAGGCCCAGAACCACACCAAAGGCAGCGUGGAGAUUGAACAGCUCCAAAAACUUGUGGUUUACGCUUUUGAGAGUAUUGAAAAAGAAUCUAAUAGCGAUCAGAUUUCCAUAAUAUUCGACAUGACAAAUACCGGCUGGAAUAACAUGGACAUGGAUUUUGUUAGAUACCUGAUCACAUUGCUUAAAACAUAUUACCCGUAUUUUGUGAACUAUCUGAUUAUCCUGUCCAUGCCGUGGCUUUUAAAUGCGGCCUGGAAGAUAAUCAAGACGUGGCUUCCCGAAAAAUUCGUAGACAGAGUCAAGUUCCAGGACAAAAAGACACUGAAGGACUAUAUAGACCUUGAUAAUCAGCUUGCCGAAUGGGGUGGAACCGACAACUAUGUGUUCAAGUUUGAGCCGGCUAAAAAAUCCAGGCGAAAUGUUAACAAUAACUCAAUGAAUGUAAACGGGAUGGAAACAAAAGCAAAGAACAAUAAGGCCCAAUUUUCAGGAAAUGGAAGAACAAGUACCGAAGUCCAUCAGAUUGAUUACUCCGACCUCAGUCCUGACAGAGCUUCUGGUGGUGGCACACCAAUUCCGAAUUCCAGCUCAAACAACUGCCUAGUAGAUGUCGAAGAUCGCGUUGUGUUCCGACCCAGCGAAUCCGCCGAUGAUCAAUAUAUUGCUCAGCUAACUGUAAAAAAUAUAUCACCAAAUGGAGAUGCGCUUAUUAUUAAGAUUAAGACCACGUCUCCAGAACGGUAUCGAGUAAAGCCCAUAAUAUUUAUACUGAAUCGAAAUGCAAAAGGAUGUGUUAGCAUUGAAACCCACUCGGGAGUCUCAGCCACGACAAUGACCAAGGACCGAUUUCAAGUACAAGUUGCUAUAAUUCCUCAAAAUAUGUUGCCCUCUACAGAAAGCAAGUCUAGCAGCAUAAACACUAAUGACUUGGGACACAAUUUUCGGCAAAUACUGCACAGUGGGACACAAUUUGAGACGUACAGGGUAAAUGUUGCUGUUGACGCACGACCAGGAGAUACGGGACCGGGAGCUGCUGGGAACUCGAUUGCUCUUAAUGAUGAAAGACUCCGACGCGGGUUGGAAGACUUGGAGAGAAAGAUUACGGACUCUGUGGCCAAACAAGUAACGGCAAAAAUUGAUCGAAUCGAGCGAAUGCUGAUGAUUGCGGGUGCUGUGAUUGUGAUUCUACUUCUCUGUCUUUCUAUUUACCUUUGGAGAUUGGCAGGAGAUUGUUCAAAAAGUUGUGGUGGUGGACUUUCUUCUCCCAGUUGGAACACUGUUUCCGGAGAUGGGACCUGUGCACCUGGAACCAUUUAAAGGGCAAAGUAGCAUAAUUAUUAAGUAGUUUGGUGCUUUGUUGCCUUUGCGUAUGGAUGAACUUAUUUACACAUGGUUGCAAUAAAAGUGGUGAUAAAGUGUGACAUAUGUAUUAUUCAAAAGUAAUAAUCAAUUAUCAAUAAAGAAUUGCACACUCCAGAACAAAAACUAAAA